CUGAGCUGCUUCCUUUAUUGUCGGUUGCGAACGCGCCUGGAUUCAUCGAAUCGCCCUGUCGUCUUGAUUCGAUCUGUUUCGGGGCAUGUCACGUUUCGUUGCGGCUUAGAUGAACCCCUGAUCUCUCAUCGAUCUAUCGAAGAUGCCGUCGAUUUGGUCUCGAGAGGGACAGCCUCAGAUGGGAGGUAAUACAAUGCACCAGGGCUCGGCACCACCUUCAGAUGGACAUCCGAAUGUCACCUGCUUUGUCUGUAGCGGUCCGCACUUUGUGGUGAAUUGCCCUAAUCGCAAACCUGAUGGUUCUGCGGCCGCCCCGGUACCGUAUCAGCAGGCUGCUGCUCCAGUCCCACCGCCUCAAUCCUUUGCACCGCAAAGUGGACAGACCCAGUACUCUUCGUAUCCUACAGGUCAGCAGUAUGGCACUCCAGCACCGCAAUACCCAUACGCUCAACCUCAACCAUAUACUGCUCCGGCUCCGGCCCCUUACCCUGUUCCUUCUCCAAAUCCCCAAUAUGCUCGGUCCGGAGUCCAGCCAGCUACCACGUACAACCAGUACAAUCAAAGCAACGGCCCUCCUCCAUUUAAUGGGCCCGCUUUCCAGCAUCCAGCGCCCCAGUACAACACUCGAGGUCCACAACCGUAUCAAGCACCGGUGAAUAACUACCCAUCUCAAAAUAAUGGUUAUCAUGGCUACCAAUUAGCACCUAAUCCUGCGCCGUAUCAACCACCCCCCACGCAAUGGAACAACACACCCGCUUUCUCACCUCCUUUUCACAAUAACAGGCGGACCAACUCCGGCUUUCGACGAGAGUUCUCAGGCACCCCUGGCCAUAAUUCUCAACAGCAGCAACAACAGCCGAAACCCCGGGCUCAAUCUCAACAAAUGGAUUACGGUUAUGAAGCUGCUCACCAGACCCCACAGACCCCUUCGGCACACUCUGUCAAUUCUGGUAAAAAGCUGUUCUCACAUCAAGGCUCUCCACCCAACCCAGUGUCCAGCUCUGUUCCUUCUACCCCAACGAGUCACUCGAAUAUUCGAAAAGGCUCUGCAACCACCGGUACUGCAGCAAAUGUAAAGACUGAAACAGUUACCGCCCCUGAGAAGGUCAAAGCAGCUACUGCCGCUGCUGAGCAAGAAACAGAAGAAGGUGAGGUUCGUGAAGGUGAUGAUGAAGAGGAUCUUUUCAAUUGGGACCUUGAACAGAUAUUCAGGGAACCUCCAGCAGCCGAGACUGUAGCUUUAGCUCAACCGUUAUCGGCGGGCUACGAGUCAACUCCAGUACCUCUCGUUCAAGCAUGGUCUGUGAACGUCCCUUCUAUCUCGAGAUAUGCCAGAAAGGAGAACCUCAAGGACUUUGUUAAGAGUGUACGAGUUGCGCCACAAUGGAGUUACCUUCAAGAAGAUGUAGCUUUCGCGAGCGUCAUCGACAAUUCGCCACCGAUACCUUUAGAUACAAUCUGGGCUUGGAUGGAUGUUCAUCAUGGUAGAACAAUCCUUGUAGAAGAAGUCGAAGAGCCCGAGCCAAUCUCGAGGAAGCGCUCAAGACGCGAGGGAAAGAAAGCCGAGCAAGAACAUAAGCAAGAAUAUCUUGACCAGCCAAGCCCACUUAGCCCACUUGAGGAUGCCAAUGAAGAAGAGGUCGAUCAGCCACCCAACAAGCGUCAAAAGAACGAGGUUAAUCAAGAUUUGGAUGAGGUUAUGAGAUCACCAGGUGAUAGAACCCCUAUCAUCAACAGAAGAGGUGGUACGCCGUGUCUCCCCACGACUGACGAUGCUUGGGCCCCGCAACCGGGUGAGUGUGCUACCUCUCCAGGAGAUCCUACCGAGAACCUACUUGCUUCCCUAGGUGUUUCGGGUGAUCCAAAGCCUGUCUCACAAGAACCUCUGCCGCCGUAUACUUCCAAGGAAGAAAACACCCAUUCUCCUCGUUCGUCUCAAACGCAGACUCCAGUUGCUGCUCAUCAACAAUCUUUCCAAAGAACUCCUAGCAACGGCCCGGGUCCUAACACGCAGAACAUGCCGCAGAACAUGCCGCAGAACAUGCCACAGAACAUGCCUCAAAGUCAAGAUCAGCCAAUGGCUCCUGCAUACGGCCCGCCUGCAUCUUAUGGAAAUGGAAAUGUACCAAAUCCUCUUUACGGUCAAGGCCCGCCUAUAAAUAAUGCUCAAGGUCAUAUACAAGGUCAUUCUCAAGCCCCUCCACAUUAUGGCCCACCUGCGAAUGUUGCUUAUGGAAAUGGUCCUUCUCAAAAUAUGCAAGGCCCUCAACAGUAUGGUCAUAUUGCCAAUCCGCCAUAUGUUAAUGGUCCGCCAAACAACUACCAGCAAGGUCCGCCUCAAGGUCCGCCACAAGGUCCGCCGCAAUGGGGCCAACAGCGAAACCCUUCGUUCGGUGCUGCUCCUCAAUACCCUCCCCCUCAACAGUAUCCGCAGUAUGCGCAACCGCAACCUGCACCAUACAGCAAUGCUGGAUAUGGACCACUUGCAAACCAAUAUCCAACGGUAGCCCCUCCUCAAUAUCCUCAAGGUCCUCCGCAAUACAAUCAAGCUUGUCAGCCAUCUUAUGGACCUGGAUCAGGACCGCCCAUGGGAGGCCAAUACGGUCCAAUGACACAGACCAGUCCUACUCAAUAUGGAAUGCCUCCUCAAAAUGUCCCCUACAAUGCAGCCCCCUACCCUAAUCAACCUCAAUAUCAGAAUGGCCCCGUUGCUGCUUAUGGAAAUGGUCCUCAAAAUGGUUCCCAGUAUGCUGCUAUGCCUCCAAACCCCAACAUGCAUACGAACCAGCCACCUUACGGCAACGUUCAGAAUGGCUAUGGACCUCCCCGUCAAGACUCAGGCUACAUGAGCGCACGUGGAUCGUACAGCAGUGGUUCCGGACCAAAUGGACCCAACAACCAAGGUGCUUACCAAACUCCGACUCAACCUCCACAGGGUCAGCCGUUGUCUGAAGCCCCUAAUCGACAGGCACCCCGUGCUCAGGAGUCUGGACUCAAAAUUGAGACUAAGAUAAAGACUGAAAUCAAGACUGAGAGUUCGGGAAACAGCAAUGAGAGUUUCGAGAGCAACGAAAAUGCGGGUAGCAGUGCUGGCACAACUCUUAGUCCGACAUCAGCUCAGAUUCUUGAGGAGUUGGAACCUAAAUCUGGCAAGGGAAAGAUGACUAGGGAAAGAGCUCCUGGAGAAAGAGCUUCUCUUAAGAAAGUGAAGAAGAGACCUCAACCAGUAGUCGCUGAAGCUUACAGCCGACGUUGGUGAACUCGUCUUCCUUAUCCCGGCUCCUUUACUCGACCUUUCCGUUCCUUACAGCUCAUGGAAUUCCAAGGCGAACGGCACAUUAGUUUUGCAGUCUAGCCUUCUGGUUCUGGAACAACCUCUAGUCUUGGGUUAUAUUCGCGUUUUGUACAA